GAAAAUAAUGUUUUUCUGAAAGAAGGAAUACGCCAUCCCAUUUUCUUCUCUCUCAGCAGUGACCCCUUGAAACAAAAGAUCUCCACGGAAUCUCCCGUCAACCUCAAUCUACAAUCCUACACCCCCAUAAACUUCGGAUCCCAAAUGAUGGAGGCGGGCGGUGGCGGCGUUGUCGGCGACGGCGGAGGUGAAACCCUUUCAUCAGAAACGCCGGCAACCGUCGCAUCACGGUGGAGCUUCAUGUUAUCUCAGCGUUUCCAGCAUUUACUCGACAAAUCCACGCCACAUCUUCUUCACCGUUGGAUCGCAUUCUGCGUCGUCGUUUUGGCUUACGCUGUUCGAGUCUACUUCGUUCAAGGGUUCUACAUCAUCUCCUAUGGCCUUGGAAUUUACAUUCUUAACCUUCUUAUUGCCUUUCUCUCUCCUCAGGUUGACCCUGAGAUCCAGGAACUUACUGAUGGACCCACUUUACCCACUCGUGGGUCCGACGAGUUUCGCCCCUUUGUUCGCCGCCUUCCUGAGUUUAAGUUCUGGUACUCCCUAACAAAAGCCUUCUGCAUAGCUUUUGUCAUGACAUUCUUUAGCGUGUUUGAUGUUCCUGUAUUUUGGCCGAUUCUCCUUUUCUACUGGUUCGUUUUGUUCACACUCACCAUGAGAAGACAAAUACACCAUAUGAUCAAAUACAGAUAUGUUCCUUUCUCUUUCGGGAAAAAGCGAUAUGACCGGAGGAAGCCUGUUGCAGAAGAAAGCGCCGCACUUGUUAGGGAUUGAUGUUUCAGAGUAUGACUUUGUUGUUCAAUGAACCACAGCACAGCUUCAUUAGUGGUAGCAUCAGGCCAUCAGGUUUCCAGUGUUUGGCAUUAAGCACAUGAGAGGAUUCUUUGUCAUCCAUAUCACUCAAGCAAACUCAUCAAGUGCAAAGAGAACUAAUCUGAUCGAAUCAACGAGGCUGCUAAUGUUCUUUCUUUCUCUUGAUGUUACAAUUUUGUAUAGAGGAAGCAUCACGAGUUCCUCGUUGGCUGUAUCAAAUAGGAACCGUGAUUACAUAUCUAUUUGAUUAAGUCUUGUAAUGAAUGGUUUAAUGUUGUUAGUUUGAUUAAUUUGAGAUGGAAUGACAUGUCUUUCAGUUUCCUCCACAACAACACCAAUUCUUCUUGUGGAUACCCUUUUGUUUUCUUAUUGAAUUUUACGGUUUAGUUAGUCAAGAAUCAUCAUUAUUCCUUCUAAGUUGUUGGGAUAUACUUUUUCCGUCCUCUAAUAAAACUACAUUUCCUUUUUUAUGGAAUUUUAUUAUUA